AUGGAGGGUGAGCAGGUCGAUUUAAAGAAGAAUUUGUUUGCAAUAUUUCGUGGGAAAAAAGUCCUUCUUACGGGAGGCGGAGGCUACUUUGGUCACAAGCUAGGAAAUGAACUUAAGAUGCAAGGAGCAGAGGUGGUUUUAUUUGACAUUUUUUGGCCCUUUGAUGAGAUGGCUUACACUCGCAUGAAAUGCAUCCAGGUUUGUGUUUAAAACCCUUGUGAAGAAAUCCAUAAGCAAAUUACGGUAGCUUUAAUCUUAUUUCCUCUGAAUCUUUCUUUUUGACUUGAAUACAAUCAAAGGUAAAUAGCGGGCAGAAUGGAAUUAUUUGUUCUUUUGUAAACAGAUGUUUUCAUUCCCGUCAUUCUUGGGCCCGGGGGGGUACUCCCAUACAUUACCUAUACAGGUAUGUGCCGCCCAACAGGGUCGUGAUUUUGAAGCUCCUGAUUUAGAACGGGGUAUCCAAUUCAGAGGCGUUUUCUAGAAGGGGGUAUAAAAAAUUGUGGAUCACAGCUUUAUCUUCUGCUUAAAAUUGUUGCUGAUUAUGAAGAAGCAUUUAUUUGAUGUAUAAGUAUAAUAAAGAAAAAUCCUUUUAAAAAAACAGGGCUAUUUCAAUUCACAAACUUUCUAGAACGGAGUAUAAACAAUUGGCCCAUUUCCAGAACGGGGCAUCAGUUUUAGGGCGAAUUCUAGAAUGGGGUGUAAAAAAAUGGCCCAUUUCUAGAACGGGGUAUCAAUUUUAGGGAAUAUUUUUUUUAGAACGGGGUGCCAAUUUGGAGUCCCGGGUGGCACAUACCCACCCAAAAAAUACCCAAGUGCCCCCCCGGGGGGGGGGGGGGGGGGUUCUUGGGACCUUGGUCCGGGAAGGGAAUUCUUGGUGGGAGUGUGCCAUCCUGUUCUCCAAACCCUGACCCUAUUUCAGACCAGACAAUUUCAUUUUUCACACCCAUUUUUCAGACCAGACCUCUUAAAUCCUUCCUCUUUUUCAGACCAGAAAUAUUAUGUCACGAUUACUUAGAAUUAUAAUAGGGAUGAGAGCACAAACAAAAAAUUUUUUCAAAUGCACUUUGAAUUCUCAUAUUUCUAGUUCUUUCUUAGUCAUUUAAAAUUGAAAGGAUCAAUUAUGUCCAUAUGCUCCUGUAGUUCCCUCGAAAACAAUACUCAAUUCCAGACCAAAAUGGGCAAAGCCUAUACCCGUUUUCAGACCAAAAAGGCCCAAAAACCAUAUCCUUUGAGACAGCACAUACCUAUAUGGCUUAUAAAAGGGAGUGCUGGGACUCUGCAAGGGUGUUAUCCUUUUCUAGAUUAGGCACUUACUGCUACCCUGUCAUAUGCCAACCUUGAGCUUCUCUAUGGGUAUUUCCUACAAAAUCCAAGUCACAACGAUUGCUUGAUGAAGGAACAAUUGUUAGAUUAAAAUGACAAUCGCAUUGCCAUUUCAGUCAAGUUUGUCUACGUUAGUCGUGCAAUGAUGGUAAAGAAACCUGUCAAAUAGUGUGAUGAAUGUUCAGAGUUUUUGCUAAAGCGUAUUUUCUCAUUUUUGUCAUUGUUGUAGCUGUGCUGAGCUUGCUAGCUAAUAGCGUUACCAUGCAAAAAUUCUUGAUAUGUGAGGAUUUGACCUAAAAAACCCACAAUUUGACAGAAACUUGAUUUGACAUCCACAGGUACCCAUACCGAUCAGGCUCAGCUAUUCUUACUGUUGCUAGAAAUACGUGAAUCGCAGGAAAUAAGGCAAUGGGAAAGAAAAUUUAUAACUAAAAAAACUUAAGCUAUAUAAAGAAACAAGAUAAGACUACAAUAGCUUAAAAGAAAACUGAAAGUAAAAGAAAAGAAGAGAAGAAGGAAAACAGAUAUUGCCUGGAAUCUGAAGGCUGUUUUGUUUCCACUAUGCCACGUGAAACACACUGUGAAGACAACAACAAUAUUUUAUUAUAAGCCUUUCCCCUAGAACUUCUGCCAGCUGCCCUUUAUAAAGUUGAUUGAGCCCUCUUAAACACAAAUUCAAAGAUACUUUUCAGAAGAAUGACUGCUGUUUUGACCAUGAAAACCCAACAUAAACUUAUUUCAUCGUAUUUAAAGAUUAGAUGGCCAGCUAAGUCGAUAUGAUAUAAACUCGCCUGCGAGCAAGGCAUGUUUUGUUACCUUGAUUUUUGCUCAUAUCUAAUGGCCAAUUAUUCACAAUAUUAUUGCUUCCAUUUGCCCGUAAAAAUACUUUUUGCAUUCAAAACUCAUUGCAAAGAGCACAUACCAACUCCUAAAACGGCGGCUAAAAAACCCAUGGCAAACAGAUAGAAAUAUGGCCAAAGCAAGCUAGAUGCUCCUCAGUGUUAACUGAGGAAACUGUAACUGGAAACACAAAAUGCUCCAUGACAUCACACACUACAUGACAUCAGGGUGGACACCAUCACAAUACAUGUUUCAGGUCAAAUUUGAUUUCAGGUUAAUUUUGAUUUAACCUAGGUUGAUUCUCAAUAUCCAUUGUUUCCUAGCCCUAAUACAUGCUAGGAGACAAGGGAAAUUGAGAAUCAACCCAGGUUAAAAAAAUUUAACCACAAAGCAAAUUUGACCAGAAUCUAUCUUUGUAUGGUGGCCUGUGUACCAUCUUGGGUGACAAGGAAUACAUGUACUUUUUUUUCUUAUAGAAAUCAUAUGCUGGGCACCCUGGAUUUCACAGUUUAGAGCACUGAGCUCCCUAAAGUUUUUUUUAGAGCACAGCCUUGACAAUGAUUUUUAUUGAGAUGUGAAGCACACAGGAAGUUUCCUCUUGAGUGCUUUCCAAACUUCCUACAAUCGCUUUGGUACUCAAUGUAUGCACAGCAAAAAGCAAGAUCCAUAUUGUUUUAUAACAUUGCCAAAACAGCAGUCGUCUUUGUUGAAAUGCCAUGUAAGAAGCAAUUCACCUCGCCACAUGUUAAUUCUCCUCUAUAGUGGUUAUUAUUUUUCAGGCAGGUACAAAAGUCGGACCGGAUCAACUCGGACCGCCAGUCCGGGUCGGAUCAACUCAGAUCGACUCAGACCAACUCGGAUCGAAUAAAAAAACAAAAAUAUAAUAAAAUUGGACUCGGAUCAACUCGGAGAAAUCAAAAAAAUUAAAUUAAAUCAGCAAAACUGAAAGUUUAACCCAUUUGGAGGGUAAAAAAGGCCAGAUCAUCCUUUUUUUCUCCGUGGCUUUAAGGCGCCAUUUUGUUUUACUAGUGCCAGUUCCUCUCAGAUCAUAUUAUAAACUCGUGGUUGUGGUUGCGUUACACGACGCGCUCUGCUUCACGGAUAUGGAUGACCUCGAGGAAGGUAAAAUCUCGACCAUCUUUCUCAAUGAAAAGCAUCAAAAGCCUGGUCUGCUGACCGAAUUUAGAUAGUUACCGAAGAGUGUUUGUUUGUUUGUUCCUGUUUGUUUUUUUUCUGCAGGACUUCUGAAACUUAAUUUUAAUGAUACACUAGUGAGCAGCACACAUACAUUUCCAUUGAACAUUUUCAACUUGGAAGGAGGAGAAACCAUGCUCGCCCGGGACAAAGGAAAUUUCCAUGUCCCGAGCAAGAAUCGAACUCGCGACCCUCCGGUCGUUGGAACGUCCGAUAAACAUGUAGUAUUCGGAGGGUCAUGAGUUCAAUUCUCGCCUGGGGUACGAAAAUUUUCUUUGUCCCGGGCGAAUAUGAUUUCUCCUCCUUCCAAGUUGAAAAUGUUCACUGGAAGUGUAUGUGUGCUGCUCACUAGUAUAUCAUUAAAAUUAAUAAUAAUAAAAAUUAAGUUAAUUUACGCAACCAUGAGUUCGUGAGAAAAAAACAAAAUGGCGGGUGAAAGUUAAGUGAUACCGACUGAGUUUAUUUUUCCUUUUAUAAUCCGAGUUGUUGUUGUUUUUUAUGAUCCGAGUUGAUCCGAGUCCAAUUUUAUUUUAUUUUUAUUUUUUUAUUCGAUCCGGGUUGGUCUGAGUCAAUCUGAGUUGAUCCGACCCGGACUGGCGGUCCGAGUUGAUCCGGUCCGACUUUUGUACCUACCUUUAUUUUUCCUUAGAAAAUUCACUAUUCAGUGUGUUUUAACAAAUAGCCUGUCAGAUAAUUGGUAAAAAAAUAGACAUGCCUGUUUGAUAUCUGAAAUGCACACAUAAAUAACGUGGACUGGAUGUCUGGGCAUUGUAAAUGCUUGGUCAAAUUUUUUAUUAUGCACACAGAACUCAAGGAACCAAGUCCUUUUAAGAAUUAUCUUUUUUGAAUCUUAUAGGGAUUUAUGUUGUCUUUGUGCUCAAUGCUUACUCAAAUGAUUGCAUGUUUUCAGGGAGAUUUAACCCAGAAGGAAGAUGUGGAACAAUUAUUCAGUAACCAUCAGUUUGAUACAGUAUUUCAUUGUGCAUCAUAUGGAAUGUCUGGCAGAGAACAGGUAUGUGUUUUAAGGGGUGGAAGAUCAUGGUUCAAACCUUUUUUAGAAGUGAAAACAAGGAUCAGGCAGUCUGCAGUUGAUUCCAACAGAUAAGCUUAAUUUUGUAUACCUCAGAUGGAGCAGAGGUUUCUUGCUUGCAGGACUUGUAGCAUUUACAAAGUCGUUCACAUGGCUUGUCUGUCACGUAGUUGGUUUGUUUACGUCCUGUGUAUAAAACAGGCCAAGUACAGAACUGAUAAGGCACGUGAAUGACUUUGGUAACGUUAAAAGCCAUGCAAGAGAGAAACCUUUGCUCACAGGGUAAAUUUUGUAUUGCCAUAAAAUCAAACUUAGUCAUCAAGUGUAAAAUAUGUAAAGGCUGAGACAUCAGAGCUCGCCUGAUUACCAGCAGACCUAUUUUGUAUGAAAAUUAAAACUACCAUUUCUUUCAUGCCAGUAAACAGGAAACAUGGCCAAAACAACAUGUUCUCCUCAAUUUUUAGACUGUAACAUUUUUUUUUUCAGUUAAACAGAAGGAAGAUAGAGAUGGUGAAUGUUUUAGGAACCAAACUUGUCAUUGAAGGUCAGAUAUAAUUCCUUACAAAAUUAUAAUAUUAUUGUGCUUGUUAUUUAUUUACCACAGGAAAACAAACACUUGAAGAUGCAAACUGAAAUGUAAUGCAGUUGAAGCUCUUCGGACCAGACACUCUUACAAAUGACCAGCUCUCAUUAUGAGUUGUGAAACCCCAUUUGAACUGUGACCAAAAAGCCUUGUAAUGAAUUAAAAGCUGUGUCUUUUUAACUCUCAACAUCCUGAUUCACACCUCUCUUUCUUACUUGAUCAACCUUCACCCAUCCAUUACAGUACCACUCUCACUUCUAUCUUAUGUUUUACUUCCUUAAACAUAUAUGUUUGUAAAUGUGGAGAGCUGACCGGUAUUUCUACUACUCUAUUACUUUUGAAGGGUUGAACUAUUAGGAAUUUCUAAAAUGAUUUUACACUGUAGACUUGGGCGUUAAUGAAAUGGCAAACCAGGAGAAAACACACAUGUACUUUAAAGCAUCUGAUUCUUUGAGACAGUAGAGUGUUCAGAAAAUAGCAGGAAAUUAAUAUGUCUUGCAAACAAUGAUCUGUAUUUACUUUUGCGCAGGUACAUUAAAACUGUAACUUCUAGAUGACAUUGAUUAAAAGUCUGCUUGUUUGUUUGUAGCUUGUUGCAAAUACAAUGUGGCACACUUGGUUUAUACCAGUACUUAUAAUGUGGUGUUUGGUGGACAGAUAAUACAAAAUGGGGAUGAAUCUUUACCUUAUUUACCACUAGAUAAGGUUAGUUCAUGUAAAUUAUUUUUGUAAUAGGGAUAUAUUAACAUGAGAGAUCACAAUAAUUAUUAUUAUGUGGCUAAAUCUGUUUUUGCCCUGGAUUAAUCAAUUUGCAGUCCAUGAACAGAGUACAAUUUUGAAAAGCAAAUUCUCAUUUUGCAGGUCUGAAUUUGCUAAUCUGAAAAAAAAUAUUUAAAGAAAGUGAACAUAUAUCACUAUCUAAUCAGUAUCUAUAAACCCUAUUGGUUAGAGUGCUUCAACAGUAUCACACAGGCUUUCAGGCUUUCUCUUGGCAAGUGUUUUUUAAGUUGUCUUAAACUGCAAUGAUCUUCUUUGCAUUUAAAUUCUUAAAUGAAUAAAAUAAAAUAAAUAAUGAUUUGGAGGUAGUACAUCCACAAAGUGGUUCUUCGUCUACCUAAAUCCUGGUGGAAUUGGAAUUUGGAAAUUCUGGUUUCUGAGGAGAGGGGAAAACCGGAGUGCCUGGAGAAAAACCUCUUGGAGCAAAGGAGAGAACCAACAACAAACUCAACCCAAAUAUGGCAUCGAUGCUGGAAUUUGAACGUUAGGCCACAUAUUGGUGGGAGGCGACGGCUCUCACCACUUCACCAUCCCUUGCUCCUCCUCCCUUGCUUCUUCAUUCUGUUGUACAUGUACAAAUUAUAUGUGAAAUAUUAUUGACAUAUUUGUUGUGGUUCAAUUUUGUCCUUUGUUUGAAUUUUAUUUUCUUUUGUUUCAAACUCAUAAAUAUCUUACAUUAUCAUACCUAAAGACAAAGAAAAAUAAAAUUUAAACCAAGGACAAAAUUGGACCACAACAUAUUCUUUAUAUUUUAUAUAUGUAUAUAUUUUAUAUUCAUUGUCAUUUUAUUUGCAUCAGCAUCCAGAUCAUUAUUCACGAACAAAGUCUAUAGCAGAGCAGGCUAUUCUUAGUGCUAAUGGCUUACAACUACAAGGUAAAAAUUCCAUCCUGCCAUUUUGGAUCUAUGAACUUACUGAAUGAGCUUACUAAUAUAUUUUACUAUUUACCUCUAUGAACUUAAUAAAAGAUUGUGAUCUGUAUGUAAACUGUUUAUCAAAAAAUUCAAGUUUCAUUUCUAACUUCAAAGUUAAGUCAUUUCUGCAUUGAAGUUUUAAUAUUUUUGCUGUUAAUUGCCCUUAUAAUAAAUAAUAUUCAUUCUAAUUUUACAAUAUUGCUACUGUCAUAGGAAACUAACUGUUUAAUAAAUUGGACCCCACCUACUAAUUACAGGUACAGUGCUGUACCCAGCAACUUGAAAUCUUGGUGAGAGCCCUGUGACACAGUUACACACGAUUCCCAAGUAUUUGCCUUAAUAAACGUCACCUUACAGACUAGUCCAGUUUAAAUACAUUAGUAGUUGUCUUUAUUUAAAAUCUCUGUUAUUUUACAGGUGGAAACAGUCUAAAGACAUGUGCUCUGAGACCAGCUGGUAUUUAUGGGGAAGGUGAAUUACGGCAUUUGCCAAGAAUUGUGGUAAGAUACCGGUAAUUAAGUUAUUGAAUAAUAUUAAGAUUAUACAUUAGUGGGGCUUUUUGAAUAAUGACUGCUUUUACUAAUAUAGUGUAGUGUGUGUAUAGGCAAGAAUAUUGAUGUUUCUUUAUUGUGGGUGUCUUUGUUCCAAGUGCCAUAUUAUAUCCCUAUUCUUUGUCAGUGUCCCUGUAGCAGCUAAUUAUUAGGAAGGAAUAUUUUAUGGAGUAAAUAUUUGCUAUGCAUAAAUACACAAACUACCAAAGAGGCAGUGAGGUUGAGUGACAGGACGCACUAUCUGGAGGUCAGAGAACAGUGGGAAUCCCCCGGGCACUUAUCGUGAUAAAACAGUUCUGACUGGGCCUGGAAAUAUUUUUAAAGCUUUUUUAAUGAUGAAAUCACAAUUUAUUAAAUAUAUUAAUUGUUCUAAAGCAGGUAGUAUAUUGACUGUAAUAAUAAUGAAGGGUUUUUUUAGAAAAAGGUGCUCGUAACGACCUAGUAAACAGUCACAAGCACCCAUUUUCUAGGAAUCUCUUCAUUAUUACAGGGUACAACAAAUGUGCUGUCUGAUAGCCAGCGGCUAGCAGAAUGACCCAUCAGGCUAGUGGGUUUAAUAUUACAGUCCCUGGGCAAGCAACAUUUAAAAGUAAAUGUCAGUAAAAAGGGGGUUUUAGUAGGCCUGCAUGACUGUGUUGCCCUUGUAAACUCUAACAAGGGCUUGCUGAAAGGGCAAGUGAUUUUUUUUUUUUUUAAAUUAUCUCUCCCUGUAAUUGGCCAAAAGUUAUUUUGCAUCUGUGCAGAUUUGACUAAAAAAAGCCAAGUUUCCUUUCUUACGCUACAGAUGCACAUACCUCACCCAGUAUUUUUGUUAACCAAUGCAUAAUAUUGUCAAAGAUUUUAACUCUGGAUUGGAGUCAUUUCAUGACUAGGUGAAGCAUGGAUCAAGGACUAUGGUUGGCAGUGACUGACGUUUUGACAACCUGUCGACUCCCAUGCCACAGGUUUUCAAGAUGUCAGUCACUACAUAAACAACAGUUCUAAUGAGCAAUAUGCUCACCAAUGGCCAGACGAUCAUGUCUUUAAAUGCAUAAUAUUGUUUUUUUUUCUCAGUCAUACAUCGAACAAGGACUUUUUAGCUUCACUUAUGGACAAGGCGACUCUGUGGUUGACUUUGUUCAUGUCAAUAAUCUGGUUCAAGCUCAUGUUUUAGCAGGAGAAGCUCUUCAUGCAUCUAAAAAUGCAAUUGCUGUGAGUAUCUGACAUUCUGAAAAAUUAUGCAACCACAGGAUUACCAACCCAAUUUCCUCUUGCACCGGGCCCUCCUUCCAUCCGUCCACCCACACAUAAUAUUGGAGGGUGAAUCAUUACAUGACCAACAUUGAAGGUAUUGAUUGUGGUAAAAGGUUGAGUUUCCAGCUGGAAUGACUACAGAAAAAUUAUUACUUUUGAAGCUCUCCUUGCGACCACUUUUGUAAUUAUUGACUAUCUCUGGUUACGACCACCUUUGUAACUUUGUGAAACCCCAUUUGAAUUGUGACUCAAACUUGAAGGGAAGUAAAGGUUCACGGUUCAGCGCAUGCUCAGUAAUUAGAUUGCUUUUUUCCAAUUUAUUAUUAAUUCUAUCUGUUAAUAAUGUCACUCACAUGUAUCUCAGUAUUCUCAGAGUGGACGUGCAUGUAUUUCAGAGUAACCUGAAGUGGGAUGGAAGAGCACUAAAAUUGCAGAAAAAUUAGUGGAUUAUGCCAACACUACCAAUGUUAAAUGUAUUGUUGACCCAAAGGGUCCAUGGUUGAUUAAUUCACAGUUAUUUGCACCUACCUUGAUCAAGUGACUGCCAGGGGAGUGUGCAGAUUGGUUCUUUGACAACAUUAUGACAGGAUCAUAUUGCUUUCAUAGACGAUACAGCAUGCCUCGGCCGGACGAAAAACAGCAUUUUGAUUAACGAGCAUGCACUGAACGGUGAACCUGUCCAUUCAGAUGAAAAGCUCUGGCAAACGACUGCUCCUAUGAGCAACCGCAACUACCUUUGAGAUUACCCAACUGGACUUUUCCUCUGUUUUUAAGCUCUCGUAAGAGACCAGUCAGAGUCUUAUUCAUAUAAAUCGACACUUCAAUAAAACCGCACACUGCACUAACGGUUUGUUGAUAAAGAUCUUGGGGUUACUUUGGUCCAAAGAAAAAUUGGAGGUAAAGUUUAGCUGUGUCUAUACCAGAUACAAAGACAUUCAUUUAACAUUAAUUUCUUUUGUUUUUCUUCAUGAAUUAUUAAUGAGUUCCGAAACCCUAGUAAGGGACACCCUCUAUUGUUUUUAAUAACCACUGGUUGCUUAUGAGAUCUCAUUCUCGUAAGCGGCCACCUCUAGUUAUGACCACCUUUUUUAAUUUCCCAGGUGCCGGCUUACGAGAGCUUGGACUGUAUUAAACCUUUCGUAAAAUAAUGUGCCUGUUUUGACAGCUUAUGGUGUAUUUUGAUUUGUAUGAAUAGGCCAUUUUACAGUUGUGUGCUCAUGCAGUGACUUGGCCUUUGAAUAGAAGCGAGGCUGGCGGUGACCUUGUUUUGUUACAAACCUUCUUGUUUUUCAUAUGUGAAUGAUCAUGUUCACAGGCUUGGUAGCAUGAGAAUACCACGAUUUGCCGAUGAAAAGCAGGAAGGUUUUUAACAGAACAAGGUCACCACCAGCCUCACUUCUAUUCAAAGGCCAGGGCACUGAGCACAGAACUGUAAAAUGCCCUGUUGUAUAAAUUGUGUGUGUAACUAGCACAGUCACUGUACCUUUUUUUCCAGGCAGGGGAAGCAUACUUUGUAUCUGAUGAUUCACCUAUGAACAACUUUGAGUUCUUCAGACCUUUAGUAAGUGACAGUUUAGGUCCAAAGUUAAGAUUUAUGUAACAACAACCAGGGCCAGAACAGGAAGCAAACUCAUGGAGUUUGAUUGACUCAUGGAGUUCAUGGAGUAAGCAGUCAAGCCAAUGAAGUUGAAAAUGGAUGUCACGUUAUGUUUUCUUGCACUCUAUAUGAUACGCUUCGCAACAAAUUUUUUGAUGAAAUCGUUACCAAAUAUAUAAGUUUUUUAAUGAUUUAGAUGUGGAAUCAAAAAUUUUGUUCCUUUUCAACAAUAUUGAUCCAUUUAUUUGUAAAUCACUCGCUGCUUUUAUUUUUGAGACUAUGAAUUGUAGACAUGAUCAUGUAAUUUCAAUUUUUUGACUUAACCAAUUAAUUAUAAUUAUUUACUUUUUUAAGAGAAUAGGUAAUGCCACGUAUGUGAAUGAAAAUACCUUAAUAAACUGUUGUUGUUGUACGUUGUUGUUGACAGGUUGAAGGCCUUGGGUAUAGCUUUCCAAGAUUAAAAUUACCCAUAACCUUGAUUUAUAUCUUUGGUGAGUAUUAAGGUCCGUGAUAUUGUGACCCAGUUUCAUUAAGACAAAAUUUAACCCUAAAGUAAACAUGAUGGGCUCUCAUGAGAAACUCUGUAUCUUGGCUGCCUACAAUGUUUCGCUUCUCAACAAAAGAUCUGAGCUGGUUACAACCAGGUGUUGUUAUGAAAACAAGUUUUUCGCGACUAAUCACCUAACGCACUGCUCCCACCGCCCAUGAAUUUUAAAUUUCUAACUUUAAACUGAAAACACAAUUCAGUGUGAUGAUUGCUUUGUUGGAGUGUGAAACUACGAGUUACAACUUUUAUUCUUUAAUUGCUUUUGUAUUUUGCUCUGCAUAAUUUAUUUUAUGCAUUGAUCACUCCAGGGAUAUAUUUGAAACUAUAUUUUUUAUUGUGUGUUCAUUUUAACAACUUAAUAUAUAUUUUCAACACAGCACUUCAAACACCAGCAUCUCAGAUCUGAUUUUGUUUGGUAAUGUUUUUCACGUACUUCAUUCACAUGUUUAUGUCAAGUGAUUGAAUCAUUUAAUAUGGUUUCUUUAUUGCAGCAUUUAUAACAGAAAUAGUGCACUCAGUUGUUGGAAAAUACAUCUAUAACUUUCAACCGCUGCUUACCAGAACAGAGGUAACUGAAAUCAAUAACUCUUUGGUUAACUAAGCCAUUUUAUUUAGUUUAGCGCAAUAAGCUUUUUUACAUAGCCUGCGUGGCAGGCGCAAAAAGGGGAGGGGGAGGGGGGAGGGAGAAAGUCCCCUCCCCCUCUCCCCAAUCCCCCUCCCCUUUUUCCCUUCCUCUCUAUCCCCUACCCCCUACCCCUUUCGACGCCUGCUACGCAGGCUAUUUUUACACAACACUCCAAACAAAACACAAUUUCUUGAAUGAGUGAACUUUCAGUAUUUGGUUUAGCCUGCGUAGCAAGCGUUUCUGCGCGAGUUUGUCAGGAAAGUUGAGACGAGAGCAAAAAAAAGGAAUGACAGGGGAGGGGGAGGGAAAAGAAGGAAUUCCUCUUCUCCCCUCCCCUUCUCCCUUCCAUCUUUUUUUCUCUAGUUCUAACUUUCGCGCAAUAACUCGAUUGGAAACGCUUGCUACGCAGGCUAUAUUUGGUUUGACAAGCUGUUUUCUAUUUUCUCCCUACAGGUUUACAAGACUGCUGUAACACAUUACUUUAGCAUGAAAAAGGCUCGGAGCCACCUUGGUUAUAGUCCAAAGAAGUAUUCUCUGGAUGGAGUAGUAGAACAUUUUAAAAAGACUGGACACGGCAAACAUAGAAGGCGACCCUCGCGUCUUCUUUAUCAUACAGUUAACAUCAUCAUAGGAAUUAUGUUUGCGUGUUUGAUUCUAAGCUAUCUUCCCAGAGUAGAUACUUCUUCUAUUUCUUGUUAUUCCUAACCAGGUUAUUUUAAUUCAA